AUGGAAGUAGAAAUUCUGGCUAUUUUAGCAGAACUUGUUUUGGAAAAGUUGGCUGCAAAGACUUGGGAGCAAAUUGAGCUUGCCUGGAACGUUGAAAGCCAACGACUUAAGCUUCAGAAAACAGUGUCCGCCCUCAAAGAAUUGUUGUUGGAGGCUGAGCAGCGGAAAAACCAGGGACGCCAGCAGCUGAGGGAUUGGCUUGGAGAGCUCACAGAUGCUCUUUAUGAUGCGGAUAAUGUGCUGGAUGAGUUUCACUACCACUCUUUGCAGCGCCAGGUAGAGAGUCGCGGGGGCAUUGUUGAAGGCACGGUACGCAGAUCCUUUUUCACUUUCACUGAACCCACUUUCAGCUAUAAAAUGGGUCGUAAAAUCAAGAAGAUUAGGAAGACACUUGAUGAUAUUGCAGCUGAUUGGUCCCGCCUUUGUCUUCCAGAGCUAGGAGUGGAUAUGGGUAUUGUUCAGAGGGACCAGAGCCACUCCUAUGCGGAUCCGUCCAAUGUAAUUGGAAGAGACCACGAUAAAAAUGUUGUUAUUCAACAUUUGAGGCUCUGGACCGAGACUCUUUCUGUUAUUCCCAUUGUUGGGAUUGAAGGUAUUGGUAAGACUACGGUGGCUCAAUUGGUGUACAAUGACCCAUGGGUGGCUGCCCAUUUUGAACUAAGAAUGUGGGUUUGUGUGUCGAAGGACUUCGAUGUUGAAAGGCUAAUAAAACAAAUCAUCGACUCCGCGGAGGGUGGAAACUGUGGCGAAGUAAGUAUGGAUGAGGCUCAAAUCAGGUUGAGAAGUGUGUUAAUGGAGAAAAGAUUUCUACUCAUUUUGGAUGAUGUAUGGAAUAAUGACCGUGGCAGAUGGCUCGAUUUGGAACUUUUUCUAAGAGAAGGCGAGGCGGAUAGUAAAAUCAUUGUCACAACCCAGAGUAGAUCAUCUGUUGCUGCAGUCAUGGGUACUGUUCCCAUGCAUGAACUAAGUCAUCUUUCCUUCGAGGAUUCUCUGUCUUUGUUCACCAACCUUGCAUUCGAUAAUAGAGUGCAAGAAAGACUUCCAAGCCUCGAAAGUAUUGCGCAGGAGAUUGUUGAAAGAUGUGGCGGAGUGCCUCAGCUCCUGAAAACCACCGCUUGCUCGCUGUACUCAAUCACGGAGCAACAUAUAUGGUUCUCAAAACGAGAUACUGCUCUCAAAUUGAGACUAGAUGGAUUGCCCUCCGCCUUGAGGCAAUGCCUCGCCUUGUGUUCCAUCUUCCCCACCAAUUUCAGAUUCUACAGCCUUCGACUGAACCAGUUAUUGAUGGCCCAAGACUUCAUCACCUUAUCCCAUCCGAAUGAAGAUUUGGAAGAUGCUGGACAUCAGUAUAUGGACAUUUUAUACUCUAGAUGCGUCUUUCAAAAUCGUGAACAAGACUAUGGAGAUUUCUUUUAUGUUCAGAUUCAUAAUCUCAUACACGACCAUGCAUGGGAAGCAGCACAACCUGAGUACACCGUACUAAAUUUUCACAGGAACGCUCAUCCUCCCCAAACCAAUAUUCGACAUGUCUCACUUUCUGAAGACGAGUGGCCUGCAGCAGAAGGGGUUUUGGAUGUUCUCAGGGCCUUAGGGAGGGCCAACAAAGUGCGAACCAUUUUAUGUCCGUUUGUCAGAGUGCAAACCAUUGAUGAACCAUUCAUCAGCGCUUUCAUAGAAAGAUUCAAAUACAUGCGAGUGCUGGAUUUAAGUUACUCAUGUUUUGAGAGGCUGCCGGAGUCGAUCAGUGAUCUAAUACAUUUGAGGUUGCUGAGUUUAAGGAGCAAUAUCAGGAUCAGAAGGCUCCCCAAUUCUAUCUGCAAGCUCUACAAUCUGCAGACAUUGGUGCUCCUGGACUGCUGUGAACUGGAAGAACUGCCAAGAGAUACAAAGAACAUGAUUAGUUUGAGGCAUCUUGAAAUAACCACAAAACAGAGCACUUUCCCAGAAUUGUAUGACUCGAAUUCUCUUCGAUUCUUGGGGAUCGUGGGAUGCAUCAGUUUAAGAUCUCUUCUUAGAGAGGGACAAAGCUUCCCUGCUCUUCGGACAUUGUUUAUUCACAGUUGUGGGAGUCUGGUGUCUUUGCUGCCAAGCAUCAGAAACCUAACUGCUUUACGGACACUGAAAAUUGCUGAUUGCGAAGCGCUUGAUUUGUUGGAUGGGGAUGAUGACAGGUUUCCAGGCUUUCAAACUCUCUGGUUUCUGGUGAUUGUGAAUUUACCCAUGUUGGUGGGCUUGCCUCAGUGGAUUCUUCGGACUGCUACUUCUAACUUUCUGCAGCGUGUAGUCAUUGAAGCUUGUCCCAACUUCACAGGCUUGCCGCUGGCGGUGCAGCAAAAUAUCACAAUCCGUCAGAAAUUUAAGACUAGAGAGUAG